GAGAUUGUCUCGCAAAUAUCGCGAGAGUCAGGUGACCUCGCAAAGCAGGCAUGGCGGCGCUCUGUGCUUAUAAACACGACGCAUGAGUUCUUGUGUGUAUUGUAGGUUUCAUACAGUCCAUGGUUUCAGCGCAAUGCGUUUGUAGUUGAGAUGCUCCGAAAUUGUCUUCUGAACCUAGUAAAACACAUACACUGAGGAAUUUUGUCUGAUUUGUAAGAGCACAACACGACUGAUACGAAUCAAAGAAAAAACAGGCCACUGAACAUAUAGAUACCUCUGUGACCAGGAUGUCCGGUGCAGCUCAGAGCAGUGAUGGUGGUGCAGGACAGGAUGCAGAAGCUGAUGGAGAACCUCCUCAUGAUGAGGCUUCUCAUCAGGGAGAGGUGGACGGAGAAGAGGAAGCACCACCAGCAGCAAAACAGCCUCGACUGGAGCAGGAAGAUGUAGGUCUUGAUUUACACAUGAUACAGACGCCUGUGGUGCCUUCAGUGGACACCUGUGAGAGCCAAGGUGUUGCUGGGACUUUAGAGGAAGUUGCCUGUCAUCAGACUGAUGAAUCAGGACAGGCUGUGGGACCUGAGGAAGUCGAAGGAGACGUGGAAUGGCAUCAAAACGGAGCAGAGAACAGCGAAACGCAUGGAUUAGAUGAAGAGGACGGAGCAAAUGAGCCUGAGAAGAACAAUUCAGAAGACAACUCUGCUGCGCAGCGCUAUCCAAGCCUCGACUUUAGCCAGAACCCUCAGAUGCUGACGGGCUCCUGGGCCGAGUACACCCACACCGCUGAGAAUUACCUCAGAGGCUGCAAAUGGGCUCCGGAUGGUUCCUGCAUUGUCUCAAACAGCGCUGAUAACAUUCUUCGUGUGUAUAACCUCCCGCCUGAGCUGUACAGCAGCCACUGGGACAUGCUCUCUGAGAUGAGUCCAGUGCUGAAGAUGACAGAAGGAGACACCAUCUAUGACUACUGCUGGUUCCCCAAGAUGACUUCUAUGGACCCAGACACAUGUUUCAUUGCCAGCAGUAGCCGGGACAACCCUGUCCACAUAUGGGAUGCGUUUUACGGGGACCUCCGAGCGUCUUUUCGGCCCUACAACCAUCUGGAUGAGCUGACAGCGGCCCAUUCACUGUGUUUCUCUCCUGACGGCUCUCAGCUCUACUGCGGCUUUGACAAAAUAGUCAGGGUCUUCCACACCGACCGUCCUGGGAGAGACUGCGAGCAGAGGCCCACAACGGACAAGAAACAGGGUCAGACAGGCAUUAUCUCCUGUAUUGCCUUCAGUUCGUGCCACUCUAUGUACGCCUGUGGGUCAUACUCUCGUUCGGCCGGCCUUUACUCCUGUGAGGACGGUUCUCUGCUGACUCUGCUGCCCGCUCGACACCGCGGAGGCCUUACACACCUGCUGUUCUCACCCAACGGCUAUCACAUGUACACGGGUGGUCGCAAGGAUUCAGAGAUCCUGUGCUGGGACCUCAGAGAUCCGGGACAAGUUCUGUUCUCCAUGCACAGGAACGUCGGCACAAACCAGCGGAUCUACUUUGACCUGGACCAAUCUGGCCGAUAUCUUCUGAGUGGGGACACAGAUGGUGUGGUGUCAGUGUGGGACACCCUCACACCGCCACCUGAUGGGAAUGAGGAGCCACUACCGCCACUGCUACAGUUUCAGGCACACACCGAUUGUGCUAAUGGCAUCAGUGUGCACCCUUUCAUGCCAUUGGUGGCCUCAUCCAGUGGUCAACGUAAGUUCUGUUGGCCGUCUGACAGCGAGGACUCAGAGUCCGAUUCAGACGAGGGGAAUGUGAUGUCAUCCAACGGCGUACGACAGGACAAUGCUCUGGUGCUGUGGUGGGCCGGCCCAUUGGGCUCAACCAAUGAGAGGGGGCAGGAGGAGGAGUCAGAAGUUAUUAAGAGCUAGAACUUUUAAUUUGUAAAACUGUAGUGAUGACGACCCAUAAUAUACUGCCAAACCUGUAAUACUGUUCGUUUAGGUGAAGGGUAGUAUCAAUUUUAACUGUAGAAUAGUCCCUUUUUAAAUCCCAAAUUUUUUGGCAAAAAAAAGGGGGGGGGGCAUGUUGCUGGGUUUGUAAACCUCUUUCCAUGAAUGUCUAGAAAGUCUAGACUGAAGUCCUCCAAAAGCCAUUGAAUUUAAACCCUUUCUGACAGCAUAUUACAAUUCAGAUCACCUGGAACACUGAUCUGGAAUAUGAAUAAUUCAUUCAUAGAUUCAGUCAUUUUCUUUGGACAGGCCCCAAAAUGAUGUUUAGGUUGUUUACCAGCAAAGCUUUCAGGAUGCUCUGUCUUUGCUGGAGUGUUAUGCCUCUCAGGUUUCCGAAAUAGCAGUGCAGCCUAUUUUCCAAGUUGCAUUGGUUUGUUUUUCUUUCACCAUGUAAAGACGGUUUUCAAUAAACACUUUGAGUCUUGUCUUGGA